AUGCUUCCGCGCCAAAGUGGAGGCAGCUCGCCACUAGCUGGCCCAGCAGACGAGCAACAUCGCUCGUCAGCAGUCAACCACACCGCCUACCUCGCUCUCCGUUUCAUCAUGCCCCCUGCCCCAACACCGAAGCAGAUCCAGAGCCUCUAUACGGCUACCAUCACCGCCGCCCAAGGCUUCUCCUAUAACUUUCAAAGAUAUUUCAUUCGUCGAACCGAUCUGGCCUUCAAGCCGGUGAUUGCUUCGUUGAAUCCCCCUGCAGGGUCUUCAGAACUUCCCAGCCCCAAUGAUUUGGCACACUUCUAUGAAACUCAAAGGGCAGAACUGGAGGUUCUCAAGAGAGCGUCACAGGUGAACAAAAUGUUUGAGGGACCCAAGCUUGUUGUGGAACAUGCCAAACCUAUCACAAGUGGAGGAGGGGCUGGGAUGGAAGCCAGUGCUGGUGGCGGUGGCCAGCCAAUUUACCUUCCUGCAAUGACCUGGUGGAAGGAAUCCGUUGUUGCUCGAGGCGACAAGACUCAAGAGAAGCGACGUUGGAUGCAGAUGGAAGACCAGGAGACCUCCGCUGUGGACCAGAAUGACCCUCCACAAAAGUCAUCCCCGAGGAUCAAGCCUGAAAGUACCAGUGACCCUGAAAGUCAGUCCUUCUUGCCCGGUCCUCAAAUAGCUCGAAAGAUGCUAGUCGCUUGGCGCAUCGGAAUCAUGGGCCCGUUCCUGGUGGCCGGGUGUUUGCUCUAUCUGCUAACAUGUUCGGCGCCGUCUUGGAGAGCAGAUUGGAGCGUGGUGCGGCUUGAUCUAGCUCAAACAGACUUCGAUGUGCUCUACGAUAUCGCUGAAACGGUCACUGGGCGCAAAUCAGACAGCGCGCAAAGCAAAAGGUUGUUGCCUAAAUCCUCCUUCGUGGCUGCUAGGUCUGCAGUAGUUGCCCGAGACGACGAGGCCAAUGAAGACCUGAGGGUGCUGUCAAUCAACAUGUGGGGCUGGUGUCUGAAGCCAGAGUCCGACGCAGACGGAACUACUAUAUGCUCAUCCGAAAGCAUGUGGUUCAAUAUGGAUGAUCUUCUAGGUGCAGCGACGACCACACAAGCUGGGCUCUCCACCCAUACGUUUUCAGCGAUACUGAUACACGCUUUGAUCGUCCACGGAUUGGCUAUGCUUGCUGCAAUGACGGCCAUCAUCCCGAUUGGACUCACCACGUGGCGAGUCUUCAGGAGCAAAAAUCCGACUUUGCAAAGUGGCUGGUUCGAGCAUGUCAGUAUACUCUUUGCGAGCCUACUGUGUUUGGUUGCUUGGAUCAUUGACAGAUGCUUACAAGCUAAUGUUUCGAGCAAGCUGUCGGAUACCGAUGUGAAAGCUGGGUACGUUUUUCGCCUCGUGGUGUUGUUUGAAAUGACCAACUUGUUUCGGGCAGGCUGGCAUCAGUGA